GCAGCUAUUCUUUUGGAAUCGCAUGGUAGGAGAGUCGUCUUGAACAAUCAUAAGAACGAAAACCAUAUAAAAUUUAGGUGUCCAAAUGUCCACAAUCAGUAAGUUGCAACACAGGCAAGUGGUUGCUGUUCGAAAGUCUUGAAAUCCAGUGAUGAAGGCUGUAGUGAUAACAAGUCCAGGUGAUCCAGAAGUAUUGCAGCUACAAGAAGUAGAAGAACCCGAAAUCAAAGAUGAUGAAGUCCUUAUCAAAACUGAGGCAGCAGCCCUGAACCAUGGUGACAUCUAUCAAAGACAAGGCUUUUACCCUCCACCUGAAGGUGCUAGCACUUUUCCAGGUCUUGAAUGCUCAGGCAUCAUUGAAGCUGUCGGAGAGAAUGUUUCUCGAUGGAAAGUAGGAGAUAAGGUGUGUGCUCUCCUAAGUGGAGGAGGGUAUGCGGAGAAAGUGGCUGUUCCAGCAGGACAAGUUCUGCCUGUUCCCUCAGGAGUUUCAUUGUCGGAUGCUGCCUCUCUCCCAGAGGUUGCCUGCACAGUCUGGUCCACUGUUUUUACGAUGAGUCGGCUAUGUCCUGGUGAAACGCUAUUGAUCCAUGGGGGCUCUAGUGGAAUUGGGACAUUUGCCAUUCAGAUUGCAAAGUUCAAAGGAGCAAAAGUUUUUGUCACAGCAGGGGAUGAGCGAAAAUUAGCCUUUUGCAAUGAUCUUGGAGCCGAUCUCUGCAUCAAUUACAAGACCGAGGACUUUGUAGUACGUGUAAAAGAGGAAACAGAAGGCAAAGGCGUUGAUGUUAUUCUGGAUUGCGUUGGAGCAGCCUACCUCCAAAGAAACCUUGACUGCUUAAACGUCGAUGGCAGACUUUUCAUCAUUGGCUCCAUAAGUGGAUUUGUCGCAGAACUAAACAUCGCAGCUAUGUUCGCAAAACGACUUUCAAUCCAAGCGGCUGCCUUGCGGACAAGAAGUGUAGAAGAAAAGGCAUCAAUUGUAAAGGAAGUGGAGAAGAAUGUUUGGCCUGCAAUUAUGUCGGGUAAGGUGAAGCCAGUGGUUCCCCAACGAUUCCCACUUGGAGAAGCAGCUGAAGCUCACCGGCUUAUGGAAAGUGGCAACCACAUCGGGAAAAUACUUCUUAUUGCAUAAUAUUUUGCAGCCUUUAAGUUCUGUGCAAUUAUAUUCUGAGAAUAAUUUAGAACCAUCAUAAGUUUUAUUUAAUGUGUUAUUAUUUACCUCAUUCAUAUCUGUAGAGAGGAUUUCCAUUGAAAAGCUUUCACUUCUCGUUUUGCUUUA